AUGAGCCAGCAGCGUCCUCCUUCUGGCGCCGGUGGCGGCAGACACGACGGCGGCAGACUUGCCCAGCGCCGUUGCAAUGAAGCCUGGCGUUCUAUGGACCGUCAAAAUGCUGCCCAAGCCGCUGCCCAGGCUGUCCAGGACGCUCGCGUCAUCGAGCUAGUUGCACGAGCCAUUCAGCACCGAGUCGAUCAAGAGGGAUUUCAACCUUCUCCUGCUCGCGAUGCUCGUGUUGCCGAGCUCAUUGUUCGUGCACUCGAUGCUCAUGUGGACCUGAGAAGAGAGCAGAACUUCAGUGCACGUGGCAGCUCAUUCCGUGGGGGCCGAGGCCGUGGUGAUAUGCAGGGUGGCCGUCGUGGGCGUGGUCGUGGUCGUGGCGGCGGCCGCGGCGGCCGCAGCCGUGAUUCUACUCGUGAAGCUGGCCGUGGCAGAUAUGACCAUAGGUGCGGUCACGGUGCUGCUACUACUCGUGAAGGUGGCCGUGGUGGAUAUGACCACAGGUACGGUCACGAUGCUGCCCACCGCGCUGGAGUGUUUGACGCCGGUCGGCAAAACCCUCCGAGUGACCAGGUUACUACCCGCCAACACUCCGGUCAUCAAGUUGUCCGCCAGGCUGCCCCAAGUGGACCCCGGGCGUAG